AUGUUGAACUCGAUCUAUUACGAAAGAAUCGUUCUUGGACGGCCGAUGGCACAUUUUACUCGUGUCCGGCAGACUUUGCUCAACUGUUCAUCAUUGGAAUCCAAAAAGAACACCUAUUCUUACCGUGUGUUUUUGCCUGUUGAGUGGAAAGUCCGCCCAGUGCUACGAAGCAGUCUUUCGUUACAUUUUGUCGGAAAAUAUCCUGCACCAACAAAACUAAUGACAGACUUUGAGCGAGCGAUUUUUCAAGGUUAUCAGCAGGUUUAUGGCGCCGGAGUCGCUCAUCAGUAUUGUGUGUUUCACUUUCACCAAAAUAUUUUACGAAAUAUUAAGAAACGUGGCCUUUCUUCUCUCGUGCAAACUCCUUUCGGCAAAGGACAUCUUCAGUCAAUGAUGGCUCUCGCAUUGGUGGAACCGCAAGAAGUGCCCGACUACUUUGACGCUGUUGUCUUGUCAGCUCACAACACACCACCACCGCUUGGCACAAAUUUUCGGCUG